CACACACACACACACACACACACACACACACACACACUCGCACUCGCCACCAAGGCUCACUGCAGGACAUUAGCGGGAUUCAGCGCUGUUUAACGGGAAAUGGCUGGUCUACUGUGUGGAACGAAGAAAAGAAAGCAAGUGAGUGACCUUCAGGAAGAUGGUAAGAACGCCAUCAUCGCCCCCCUACUGCACACCGACCCAGAGCUGCUCCCUGAGGACACGUUGCUUGAGGAAAAUGCAGAGAGGACCAUUCUAGACCCCACGUCCAGAGAAGACCUCAAUUUUAAAGACCUCCAGAAGGUUCUCAUUGACUGGAUCAACAGUGAACUUGAGGAGGACCGAAUCAUCGUGAAAGACCUUGAGGAAGAUCUGUAUGAUGGACAGGUGCUGCAGAAACUGUUCGAGAAGCUGUCGGGUCAUAAGCUAAAUGUGGCAGAGGUGACUCAGUCAGAGAUUGGACAGAAGCAGAAACUGCAGACGGUUCUAGAGGCUGUUAAUGUAGUUCUCAGACCGCUGGACUGGAACACAGAGUGGAGUGUCGACUCAAUCCACUCUAAGAACCUGGUGUCCAUCGUGUGCCUGCUGCUGGCGCUGGCCAUCUACUACGCGGCACCCAUCCGCUUACCUGAGCAUGUGUCCAUAAAGGUGAUCGUGGUCAAGAAAAAAGAGGGAAUCCUUCAGACUGCUCAUGUGACCAAACAACUCACAAGUACCACAACAGAAAUGAUGAUCGGAAGAUCAGAACGUGAUGCUUUUGACACGUUACUGGAUCACGCACCUGACAAACUGAACGUAGUGAAAACGUCGCUGAUUACAUUUGUGAAUAAACACUUGAACAAACUGAACCUGGAGGUGACGGAGCUGGAAUCUCAGUUUGCAGAUGGUGUCUAUCUGGUGUUGCUGAUGGGAUUGUUAGAAAAUUACUUUGUGCCGCUCUACAACUUCUACCUCACGCCUGAAAGCUUCGAACAGAAGGUGCAUAAUGUCACAUUUGCUUUUGAGCUCAUGCAAGAUGGUGGAUUACAGAAACCCAAAGCGCGACCAGAAGACGUGGUGAACUUGAAUCUGAAGUCAACACUCAGGGUGCUUUACAACCUUUUCACCAACUACAAGAACUCAGAGUAACACUGAAAGCGAUGGCAGGAAGAUUGCUACAUACAGGAUGUCCGUGCUCACACAUGCACACACAUCUCUGGUGUUACUUUUGUACAUAAGAAUGAAAUAUUUUAUAUUAUUUGACUUAUUUAUGCCCAGAAUCGAAUGUAUUCAGCCUUAAUGAUGCGUCGGUGUAGCAGCUCAUUAAAAUAUUUUAUUUUUCUCGCAUUUGACUUACACUAACAUUUGACUUAACAAGGCUUGCCACUGCUUUAAGCAGUGACUUUUUGUCCUGGAAUGCACUGUGUAUUUUAUUCUAAUAGAAAUGCUGUAAUUAUUUCAAAUAAACUAGUACUUUCUA